AUGAAUAGUGGAUUUUACACAGGUGUGAUUGAAAAAUUGCAAGAUGGAGGAAGAAUUGUAUUUGGAUACAAGCACUCCCCUAGUGUUUAGGGGGUUUUGGUAGCUGAUUUUUCUACUAACAUAUUCCAGUAUAUUAAGCUAACAUCAGACUAUGGAAACUUCAAUGCACAGGAUUUCUCUGUGUAGAAACCGCAUCUAAUAUUUUCUUUUGCAAGAGUAUCAAUCAGUGGUGGCCUUACUAAACCCUCAUUAGUAAUAAUAAAUGCAACAUCCUCUUAAAUCCAAUAUGGUUUUUAUUCAACCAAUAGCAUUCUUCUAAAUUCAACUAUACUAAGAUCUACCUAAAGUUCUACUAGCAAUAAUUUUAGUACAUUUAUUUGCAGAGACAUAUAUAAUUCUGGUAGUAAAAAUGUUCAGAUAGUCUCUUAUUAAUAUCAGAAUCCAGUUACUAAUGGUGUACAGUCAGCAUCAUUAUCUCGAGACAACAUAAUCUAAUCAUCAGGUUUAAUUAAUCAUUACUGCAAAGAUUUAUAAGUCUUCAAUCUCACACUUUAAUUUGUACUGCUGAAUUACAAAAGCAGUUCUUCGCCAUCAGCAGAAUAGUACGACUCCAUUUUAUACUUAAAUACAUUAGAUCUAGCAAAUAACCAAUAAUAAUAUUUCAAAAUACUAGAUCCUACAACACCUUUUCUCGCUUUUAAUAUCAGUUCAAUUUUUGUGAGAAGUGUAAACGAAUUGUAUAUCAUUGGAUGGACUUAUUAGAAAUAGACAAGUAGAUAAUCAGGAAUCAUUUUAGCGAAUCCUCAGUCUUCGCAAAAUUGCUUUAAUCUAACUAAAUCUUUUAUCACAAUCUAAACUUCAAAAGAAACUGGUGUACAGGCAAUAUCAAGCAUACUAAAUAUAUAAGUUCUAACCAGUAUCAAUACUUAUUACUACAUAGAUCUAAAUUUCCAGAAAUCCGAUGUGAAUUUGCAUACAGACAACACAGAAACUGAAUAUUGUUAGAGCUCAAGCAGCACAUAAAACUAAUUUUAAUUUCAAAGAUCGAUUCCUGUAGGCUUUUAGACUUCUUAUAACUAUAAAGUUGGCUAACAUCCACUGGUCAUCUAGGCACCCUACUAUACUAUAUAAGACAAUAAUUGUGAAGAUUUUUCUCCUAUUUAUUCCGCUAAGUUGUAAAAUGGCCAAGCUCUUCCCAAUUUCAUGACAUACAAUGAAACCAGUGCCUAAUUAUCAAUUUAAUCAACUCUUGCAUAAGAUACUGGUACCUAUUUAAUAACUUUCAAUUAGUCCUAGAUUCUAGGCCCCUCUUUUUAUGAUGAUAUUACAAUUACUGUAAAAGCAAACAUUUACCCACCUAGGUUUAUAGUACCACUUUAACCUUUAAAACUCUUUGUCAAUCAAUCAAUGACAUAUGUAUUGCCGUCAAUUGAAGAUUAAGAUAAUGAUAGCUGGUACUUGACUUUUGGUGAGCUACCAUCUUUUAUUACAUUUAAUAACUCAACAAGAGUAUUUUCAAUUGGUCCAUAUUUUUAGUAUGGAAAUUAUAGUAUAAGCAUUAUGCUAAAUGAUUCAGAACUAUUUCAAACAUAUAACCUAACUAUAGAAGUUUAACAGAAUAAUAUGGCACCUUAGUUCACAGAGUUGCUGCAUGAUUAAAACUUGUUUGUUAAUUAAGUCAGAAUUUAUACACUUCCAAGUGUUUAUGAUUAAGAAAACAACACAAUCUAUUUUUAGCUUUUGAAUCAGAAUCUUCCUAAAUUUAUCAAAUUCGAUUCCAUAUUAAGAUAGUUUACUAUCUAGCCAACAACUGAUGAAGAUGCUAUUGAAAUAACAAUCUAAGUGCUCUUGUCUGAUUAUUUAUUAACAAAUCGAUAGGAAUUUAAAAUAAUGGUAAAGAAAAAUACUCAGGCUCCAUAUUUUAUUUAGCCAUUAGUAGAUUAAGUGAUAUAUUUAAACUAGAAUAUUACCUAUAAACUCUCAGAAAUAAAUGAUUCUGAUGGAAAUGAAUACUUUCUAUUAUGUGUGACAUUACUACCAAGUUUUAUUGCUUUUGACAACUCUACGAGAAUAUUCAACAUUCAUCCCACUAGUUCCUAGCAGCAUGGUAAUUAUACUGUGACUUUGAGUUUAUCUGAUUUUGAAAAAUCUUAGAAUUACAGCUUUGUGAUUUCAGUCCAGACUAAUAUUUAUUCGCCUUUGUUCUCCUCUCCAUUAUAAAAUAUAACGGUAUGUGUGAAUUGUAGCUCCUAUUAGUAUGCUUUACCAUAAGCUUUUGAUCAAGAUAAUGAUGAUAUUCUGAUUUCUGUGGAUAACUCUUACAAUCCUUUUUUAUCCUAUGAUCAGUCUUCUAAACAGAUAAUAAUUCAUCCAACUCAAGAUAAUUAAGUUGGUCAUUACUCACUUCAGAUUAAUCUUACUGAUAAUAUUCACAUUUCUCAAUUUCAACUGAUAAUAUAGAUUAAGAUAAACCUAGAACCUCCUAAAUUCAUAAGUAAAUUAGAGGAUUUUAUAGUUUUGAUUGGCAGAAAUAUCACUUAUUAAUUGCCUCAAAUUGUGGAUAUUGAUAACGAUUCAUAUUAAGUAGAAGUUGGAAAUUUGCCUGUCUUUGCAAAAUUCAACAAUCUCACAAAUACUUUCAGUUUUUCUCCCUAAAUACAAAGCCAAAAAGGAAAUUACACACUAAUGAUUACACUUAAAGAUUACUAUAGAUAAAGAAAUUACAAUUUAAUUAUCGAAGUAAAAGAAAGUCUUGGAGGUCCUUAGUUUUUAUCUUCAUUAUAAAACUAGACAGUGUUCAUUGGCUAAUCCUUAAAUUACACACUACCUGAGUAUUAUGAUCCAGAUAAUGAUCAGGCAUAUCUUGAAAUUGAAUUAAAUUUACCAGAUUACAUCUAUUUCGAUUAGGAAACGAAAACUUUUAUCUUUACUCCAACGUCUGCUAAUUUUAUAGGAGAACUCUAGAUAGAAAUUUCAAUCAAGGACAAUUAAUACAUCAACCAAUUCAAGUUAUUCAUUACUGUCAAAGAAAAUUUGCAGGCUCCAAAUUUUAUUAGUCCUCUGCAAAACCUAACUGUAUAGUUGAAUUAACACAUAAUAUAUGAACUACCUGAAAUUACAGAUUUAGAUGGAAAUUAAUUUUAGCUCUAAGUGGUAAGCGAACUACCCUCUUUUAUAGUAUAUAAGAAUUAGAGUAACAAUCAUACAUUCGAUAUUUUACCUUAAUCAUCCAGAGAUCAUGGCACUUAUGAAAUAGUUAUUAAACUCUCAGAUUUUUCAAAAUCUUAGACCUACUCAUUUUUUAUCAUUGCAAAGACUAAUUUCAAUGCUCCUGAAUUUGAAAGUGGACUAUUAAAUAUAUUUGUCUGUACUUAAUGCUAAAGAUAACUAGCAUUGCCAAAUAUUAUAGAUUAGGAUAGAAUCAAUGAAGUAUAAGUAAAUAUACUUGGUUUUCUGCCAGAAUUCGUAAAAUUUGAUUCUGAUAGAAAAAUUUUCUUGAUUUAGCCUAAUGAUACAGCAAGUGUAGGCUCAUAUGAGAUAUAAGUUUAAUUAUCUGAUGGGCAUCUUUCAACUAAUUACUCAUUUUAAAUUAUAGUGAGAGUAAACUAAUAUACCCCUUACUUUGUGGACGAAUUGUAACAGCAAUUUCUUUUUGUGACUUAAACUCUUACAUAUUAGUUACCUGAUAUUAAUGAUGAAGAUGGAAAUGAUUUCUACUUAGAGAUACUUGAGGACUUACCAAGUUUCGUAGAAUAUGAUAGCCAAAAUAGAAUAUUCAAAAUAAAUCCAAUAAGCGAUGAAGAUACAGGCACAUACUUCAUUCUGAUAAGAGUUUCAGACUUUGAAAGAUCUCGCAAUUACACGUUGAAGAUUAUAGUAGAUGAUAACUUGCAUGCACCAAAAUUUGAAUUUGAUCUCCCUGAGUUACUAGUGUGCGUUGGCUGCUAAAAAAUCUAUGAGUUGCCAGGAAUUGUUGAUUAAGACAGUGAGGAUCUGAUUACUGUCAGAGUUUAUGAAUCUCUUCCUUAAUUUGUGAUUUAUAAUGUAGAAGAGAGAGUAUUUGUUAUCAAGCCCUAUGAUUCAGAAAAUGUUGGCGAGUAUCAGAUCUAUAUACUUAUAUCUGAUGGGUUUCAUGAUGUUUAAGAUGUUUUGAAAAUUAAAGUUCUGAUGAAUCUAGAUGGACCUCAUUUUGAACCAACUUUAGAGGAUUAGAUAGUUUAUGUAUCUCAAAGGCUUUCAUAUAUACUACCGAAAGUCAUUGAUGAGGACGGUGAUAAUUACUAGAUUGAAAUUAUAGAUGAGCAUAAGCUGCCCUCAUUUAUUUCAUUUGACUUGGAAUCAAGAGAAUUUUCAUUUGAACCUAAAUCAAUAAACGAUAAGGGUGAGCAUCCAAUUUCUAUUAACUUGAAAGAUUAUUAUCUCACUCAAUCAUUUUCAUUCAAGGUGAUAGUAAGAUUUGAUUCUGCUCCUCCAGAAUUCAAUCAGAAACUUUAAGACUAGACUCUUACAUAAGGACAGUAUAUCAGUUAUCACUUGCCUAACUAUUCAGAUAUAGAUGGUGAUGAGAUAUAGCUAGAAGUUUUAACACUGUUACCAAGCUAUAUUAUCUUUGAUAGUAUACAUCAAAUUUUCACAAUCAAAUAUAAUUAGAUGUAGUUAGAUAUCUAGAACUAGACUAUUGAAAUUAUGCUGAAGGAUAUUUUGCUUAGCUAGAAAUACACUUUCAAUAUUUACUUUCUUCCUUCAAAUGAAAUCAUAAAUGAAACUAGUGUUCAAGGUGACUAAUUUUAACAAUGGAUAUAUUUAGACAGAGCUUAGUAAAGUGCUAUCACUUCAAGUUAACUUCUAAAGGAACUAUAAUAGGAUAAAAUAUAAGGAUAUAUAUCUCCAUUAGACUCUAAUUUAAAAGUAAUAACUCUGGAUUAUACAUAAAGUCUUUAAAAAGUGCUCUUUAUUGCUAAUUAUGGUGGAGAUUUUGUUCCUUCAGACAUUGAAGUGCAAAUAGUAAAGAAUAAAAGAAGCCGAUUUUAAAAUUCAAAGAUAAUAGAUUACAAUCGCUAUAAAAAUCUCUUUUCAAUAAAACCAGAAUCUAAAUAUGACAUUGGAUUUUAUGAAAUCAAGAUAUUAAUAAAGAACUAAAAUAGAGUUGAUAAUCGGGCAAACCUUGUUGCCUAUAAAUUCUAAGUUAAUGUAACAGAUCUACCCUAAACUAUUCCUUCAAUUUAAACGGACAAGAAUAGAGAAUAAAGAAUUAAACUCAUAUAGAACGAUCAUAAUAGCAUGCCAUUCCGUGCAUAAAUUAGUGAAAUUACAUCUAGAGGUAUUGUUCAGAUUAGAUUCAGUCAGAGAUUAAAAAAGAUAAAUAUGUCUAACGAGGAAUUAAAAGAAUAAAGAGUUAUCGAUCUUUCAUUUGAUGAUCCUGAACUCUAAGCUUCCGAUUCCUAUUUUUGGUGGAUAAAAAAAGUGACACAGAGAUCUAUCAAGAUAAAAAUAGCAUUCAAAGAUUCUUCUAAAGUUGGUCUUUUAAGUGUAUUGAACUUAUAUCCUUAUUAAUAAUACUAAUUAUAGAAAGGUAGCAUUAAGGUGGCGAUUUUGAGGAAAGAUAUAUUUAAACCCAUAAAUUCUACUUAAACUCAAGUAGAGACGACCUAUUUAAAAGCAAACUUUGUUCCAUAGCUUGAUGAUAACGGGGAUUAAGCAAAUUAUUUACUCAUUAUAGGAGAGAUCUUUAAGUACUUACUUAUUACUACCAUUAUUUUCAAUCUUCUUACAUAUAUCUGCAGGUAAUUUUAUUCAUCAUUAAUGUAUUACUAGUGGUGGUUCCUAAACAAUGCUAUUUCAAAUGGUCAAUUCGCUUUAAGUGAUAGUGAUUAUUCCGCUCUUUAGCUUCAAAUUGCCUGCUCUAUUUGA